AUGUGCCUUUUAUGCAACAAAGUUUUGGGCAAUGACGCUAUGAAACCAUCUAAUCUGCAAGAUCAUCUGAGAAGAUGCCACCCUGAUAAAACAGAUAAAGAUUUGAAAUACUUUCAAACACUCAAAGAAAUGAUGAUGGUUUGCGGGCGUCUUACAAUAUCUCCAAAAUCCGGAAAACCGCAUACUAUCGAAGAGAAGUUAAUUUUGCCAGCCGUUGAAGAGGUUUUAAAAACUGUUUUACACAAACCUGCAUCUGAUAUCAUUAAAAGAAUUCCCUUAAGCCACAAUACUGUUGAAAGACGUAUUGAUGAAAUGAGUUCUGAUAAUGAAAGCUUCUUAUGUAAUUAUUUGCGAACGACCCAUUUCUCUAUACAACUGGACGAGUCAACUUUACCUGAUAAUGCAGCAUUAUUAUUGGGAUAUGUUCGUUUUAUUAUGAAUCAAGAAAUCUACGAAGAACUGCUCUUCGCAAGAACUUUGAUAACCGACACUAAAGGUGAAUCAAUAUUUCAGGUUUUGAAGGAUUACUUCAGUGAAAAAGCAAUUCCUUUAUCAAAUAUCAUAUCAGUAGCUACAGAUGGAGCACCUGCCAUGGUUGGACGUUAUCGUGAAUUUAUAAGCUAUUUAAAACAAAAUGUGUCAGGGGUUAAACCGAAUCCGAAGCAACGCGUUGUGUAUACGCGGUUAUUUGCGCAGUUGUGUGAAGAACUUGACGAACACUUUCAUCAAUUACUCCUUCACACGGAAGUACGCUGGCUGUCGAAAGGCUUAUGUUUGACAAGAUCUUUUGCACUUUUUGAGACUAUUUCAGAAUUUCUGGAUACUAAAGAUAAAAUUUUAAAAGAAAAUUUAAUGAAGAGGAAAACAGACAUCGCCUAUUUAACAGAUUUGUUUACAAAAUUUAAUAUGGUUAAUUUGCAAUUACAAGGCGACAGUUUAAAUUUGAUUAAAACAAAGUCCAUCUUAUCAGCGUUUCUUGCCAGGGUUAACCUAAUGAAGCAAAAUAUUGGACGGGGCGAAUUUUCUCAGUUCCCCAAUUUGUCACAGACAAGCUGCCAGGAAGACGACGUUUCAACUUACGUUCAACAUUUAAAUGCCCGCUAUUCAGAUUUUGAAUCUAGGUUUGAGGAUAUUUUGACUAUGGUAAUACCACCGUGGAUAAUUUAUUAA